AUGGCAGGGCCAGCCUCACCGGGCACCGAGGGCCCCACGUUCGCCCCGCCACAUCUCCCUGCUGGCUGGAUUGCCCAGUGGGAUGGUUCGAGCAAGAAGUACUACUUCGUGCAGCUUUCUACCGGCGUAUCGCAAUGGGAGACCCCGACCGAUGCCGCGCCCACAGGCGCAACGCCUUCUCAGCCCUCUGAUCAUCCUUAUGGCGUUCCGCAGCCCGAGGUCAUUACUCAUCCUGACGGCAGCCAGACGGUGCGCCAUGCCGAUGGCACUCUCGAGCCCGUUAACCCCUCUUUGCCCCCCGACACUACAAGCACGAGGGGUAUCGAUGGUCCGACGGGAGACCGUGGACUCGGAAGCAUGGCAAUGAACGCGCUUCUCGGAGGCAAGAACUCGAACCACGGCUCCUCGGGUAAUCAUAACAGCUCUAGCCCCCUGGGGGGCCUCGCCAGUCAGUUGAUGAGCGGCAUUGGAGGGCAUAGCAACGGCCAGGGAGGUAGUAGCAGCGGAGGCAAGAGUUCAUUGGGCAAAAUCGGCAGCUCUUUAGCUUCAAGUCUGCUUGCGGGCGGGAACAAGCCGCAUCAGGCGCAACAGCAAAACUACCAUGGUAGCCAGUCCUCAGGCCACCAACAGCAACAUGGGGGCCUCGCCGGCUCCCUUAUGGGAGGCGUGGCCAACAUGUUUGGUGGCGGCAAGCAAAGUCACGGUGGCAAUGACUUCGGAUACUCUAACAAUGCUUCUGGUGGUGGUGGUGGCGGCGGGGGCGGCGGUUACACCGGCCAGGCUCCUCCCACUUCGUACCAGCCUCCUGGUUCCUCUGCGCACAACCAGCACUCGUCUACGCCAUCAAGUGCUUCCUACCACUCGCCAGCGACGAAUCAGGGCCAGAACCACGGACAGCAGUCAUAUCCUCCGCCGCCUAAUCAAUACCCUCCUCCGCCGAACCAUGGCCAACCUCACCACAAUUCCUCGUACGGCGCGCCAGCUCAACAGUCACACUCUCAAUCAUACCCGCCUCCGCCAGCUGGUGGACCUUCGUACGGCCAGCAGCCUAGUUAUGGUGCGCCGCUAAACCAGCAGCACCAACAGCAGCCACAGUACGGAGGAUACAACCCAGCAACGUACGGCGGCGGCGCCCCUCAAGGCCCCCCUGCUGGAGGAUACCCAAGUCAAGCAUCAUACGGCAGCAACCCGUCUCAACAGACCCCUAAUUACGGCAACCACUACUGA